UUCCGCCACCGCCUCUCUCUCCUCACACUUGGCCAGACCUCCUUUUUCCUCAAUCAUGAAGCCAUUUUUCGAAGCUUUAGUCACUGAACAAGACUUAAAUGCUCAGAUCGGUGCGGCACUGUGUUUGGCGAAGGCAAUUGAGAUGUCUGAUGAUCCAGAGCCAAUGCAAUUGAGAAAGUUAGUGCCGAGGAUGGAGAAGUUGCUGAGGAGUGAGAGUUUUAGGGCGAAAUCGGCGCUGUUGACGCUGAUCGGGAGUGUAAUUGAGGCUGGCGGAGCCAGGAAUGUGAAUUUGGUGAGAAAUCUAGUGUCGUGUUUAGUCGAGUUCCUGAGCAGUGACGAUUGGGCGGCGAGGAAGGCCGCUGCGGAGGCGUUAAUCAAACUGGGUAUGGUCGAGAGGGAUGCUUUGUCGGAGUUUAAGGCUUCGUGUAUGAAGACCUUUGAGGCCAAGAGAUUUGACAAGGUGAAGGUUGUGAGGGAAACAAUGAAUCAAAUGAUGGAGGUUUGGAAGGAGAUUCCUGAUUUAUCCGGUGAGGUCUCGUCGCCUCCUAAAUCACAAUCUUGUUCUAAAGGGACAGAGGAUGGUAGUGACGUGCCCUAUGGAGCUCCUCAAUUGAAGAGAAAACCUGUACUUGCUGACAGAUCACCUUUCCCUGAUGGUUCUGCUGCUACAGCCAGGAGGAGAAGUCUAUUGGAUAGUAAUGGCAAGAAAACAGGUCCAGCAUUGUUCCGAAAACUAGACCGUAAGAAGCCUAGCGAUUGGAAAGUUGAAAUUGCUGCUCCAAAUGUUACUUCAAGGGCAGUGGUUGGUGAAGUUGAUCCUGGUUGUGGAGAAAAAACAUUCGAGAAAGGGGAUAAGGAGGGAAAUAGAUCUACAAAGCAAGAAACGAGGCGUACCCUUUUCAGUAAGGACUCCGAUGGAAGAAUGCACAAGUUUGGUGGAUUUAAGGCUGGAUCUCGCGUUGUUCCGUGUAAUGAUGAGAGGUCGGAAUCUACUGUUGUCACAAGUAAUGUGCCUGAGGACAUCAGUAGAAACCACAAAGAGUGUGAGGAUUUAUCUUUGAUCCGUGGGCAGCUUGUUCAAAUUGAAACUCAGCAGUCCAAUUUGUUAGAUCUCCUCCAGGGAUUCAUUGGGAGCUCACAGAACGGAAUGCGUUCCUUGGAGAAACGUGUUCAUGGUCUAGAGCUUGCAUUGGAUGAGAUCUCAUAUGACUUGGCUGUGUCAACUGGAAGGAUGUCAAAUCCUGACUCUGCAGCUAUUUGUUGCAAGCUACCUGGUGCAGAAUUUUUGAGCUCUAAGCUCUUUGGGAGAACAGAAGGUCGAUUUUCAACUUCCCGGUUUUCUUUCAGUGGUACACCAUCAGUGGCUGCCAUGCGCAACACAGUCGGUAGCCAUGGCAAUACUGAGACAUUUAAGCCAGAGAAUAGGAGGUUUUGGCGGGGUGGUGGUGGUGGGUUUGUUGUGAACCCAUUGGCUGAGAUGAACAGUGAAUCCCAAGAAAUUUCAGUGAUUUCCUCCAAAAGGUCUCAUUUUGACUAUAAUUUUGCAAAAGCUAGCCACAGAUUGGCGUUUCAGGAUACCCCUUCUUCAUUCAUGGCUUCCUGUCAUCAUGGCAGUGGAUAA